UUUGAUGAAAACAGGAAGAGAACGACUAGGUGAGUGUUAACAAAACAUUACGUUAUCGUUUGAGUCAGUUUUCCCCUUAUUGACUGUGGAGGGAAGGAGAUUCACGAUGAACUUCUGACAGUGAAGAAGUUGGCAGAGCAGGGCAGAUUCUCCAGGAUCUAGAUGACUGUCUAUGAAGAGUCCAAACUUCAUCCUCCAGACUUCAGUGAUGAAUCUGGAUCCUCAGACACAAGAUAACUGCUACAAACGUCUGGAACUGUGUUUAGUGUUGAGGACCUGCAGCUUCCUGUUUCUACUGUCACAUCAGACUGACUAAAGUCCAGAAGAUGGAGGAAGAGAAGGACGGAGCAGAGUCUACAGUAUCCAGCUGUCUGUCUAUGAAGAGUGACUGGUCCAAAGAUGAACCUCCAGACAUCAGUAUAGAACCUGGACCCUCAGACACGAAAGGUCAGUACCACAGACAGAGAGCAGAGUCUACAGUAUCCAGAAGAUCCAAAGAUGAACCUCCAGACAUCUGUAAAGAACCUGGACCCUCAGACACAAAAGAGAGGAAGAGGAGUCCUGUUUCUGUGGAGGAGCAGCCAUCCUCCUGUGCUUUGUGUCAGGACGUCCUGAAGGAUCCAGUCUCUACCAGCUGUGGACACUGGUUCUGCAGACAGUGCAUCACCUCAUACUGGGACCAGUCUGCUUCAUCAGGACACUCCUCCUGUCCCCAGUGUGGACAAAGACGCAGAACAACAGAUGGUCUGCAGAAAGUUUUAGAUGAACAUAAGAUCAGUUUGAGGAGGAGAAGUGAACAUGUGACUGAAGGAACUGAUGUGAGAGGAAGAGGAACCCUCCUCAACAGGAUCUACACUGAACUCUACAUCACAGAGGGACGCAGUGAAGAGGUUAAUACCCAACAUGAGGUGAAGCAGCUUGAGACAGCUUCCAAGAUGAAGGCCCUCCACGACACUCCAAUCAGGUGCCAGGACAUCUUUAAAGACUUACCUGACCAACAGAGACACAUCAGAGUGGUUCUGACCUACGGCGUCGCUGGCAUUGGAAAAACCUUCUCAGUGCAGAAGUUCAGUCUGGACUGGGCAGAGGGGUUGGAAAACCAAGAAGUCAGUGUGGUGAUUGUGCUUUCGUUCAGGGAGCUGAACUUGAUCAAAGAUGUGCAGUACAGUCUUCUCAGGCUGCUCCAUGUUUUCCAUCCAACAUUACAGAAGGUCACAGCAGAGGAGCUGGCUGUCUGGAAACCUUUGUUCAUCUUUGACGGCCUGGAUGAAAGCAGACUUUCAUUGGACUUCAACAACAGUGAGGUUGUGUCUGAUGUGACACAGAAGGCAUCAGUCAACGUGCUGCUGACAAACCUCAUCAAGGGGAACCUGCUUCCCUCGGCUCUGGUCUGGAUCACUUCCAGACCUGCAGCAGCCAAUCAGAUCCCUCCUACAUGUGUUGACAGGGUAACAGAAGUACGGGGCUUCACUGACGCCCAGAAGGAGGAGUACUUCAGGAGGAGGUUCAGUGAUGAAGAGCUGUCCAGCAGAAUCAUCUCCCACAUCAAGACCUCCAGGAGCCUCCACAUCCUGUGUGCAGUCCCAGUCUUCUGCUGGAUCACUGCUACAGUUCUGGAGCACAUGUUGACUACAGAGCGGAGAGGAGAGCUGCCCAAGACUCUGACUGACAUGUACUCACACUUUGUGAUGGUUCAGACAAAGAGGAAAAAGAACAAGUACCAUGAGGGACAUGAGACAAGUCCACAUGAGCUGAUGGAGGCUGACAGGGAAGUUCUUCUGAAGCUGGGGAGGCUGGCAUUUGAACAUCUGGAGGAAGGAAACAUCAUGUUCUACCAAGAAGACCUGGAGCGCUGUGAUCUGGAUGUGACAGAGGCCUCAGUGUACUCAGGAGUUUGUACAGAGAUCUUCAAAAGAGAGAGUGUGAUCUUCCAGAAAUUAGUCUAUUGCUUUGUUCAUCUGAGCGUUCAGGAGUUUCUGGCUGCAGUCUACAUGUUCCACUGUUCCACCAACAAGAAGACAGAGGUGGUGGAGAACUUCCUGGGUAAAGAUCACCAGUAUAAUACUAAAUGUUUGGAUGACUUCCUGUUUGGAAUUAUUGAGAAGUCCCUGCUCAGUAAAAAUGGCCACCUGGACCUGUUUGUUCGCUUCCUUCAUGGCCUCUCUCUGGAGUCCAACCAGAGACUCUUAGGAGGUCUGCUGGGUCAGACAGAGAACAGUCCAGAAAUCAUCAAUAGAAUUAUCAAACAGUUGAAGGAGAUGAACACUUAUAAAAUCUCUCCUGACAGAAACAUCAACAUCUUCCACUGUCUGAUGGAGAUUAACGACCUCUCAGUUCACCAGGAGAUCCAAGAGUUCCUGAAGUCAGAGAACAGAUCAGAGAAGGAAAUCUCUGAGAUCCACUGUUCAGCUCUGGCCUACAUGCUGCAGAUGUCAGAGGAGGUUCUGGAUGAGUUGAACAUGGAGAAGUACAACACAUCAGAGGAGGGACGACGGAGACUGAUCCCAGCUGUGAGGAACUGCAGAAAGGCUCGACUUGCUGGAUGUGGACUCUCACAGACUCACUGUGAAGUUGUGUCCUCAGCUCUGAAGUCCAACCCCUCCUAUCUGACAGAGCUGGACCUGAGUGACAAUGACCUGAAGGAUUCAGGAGUGAAGUAUCUGUCUGCUGGACUGGAGAGUCCAAACUGCAGACUGGACACUCUGAGGUUGAGUUGCUGCAGUUUGUCAGAGAUCAGCUGUGAUUCUCUGGGACCAGCUGUGAAGUCCAACCCCUCCCAUCUGAAACAUCUGGACCUGAGUAUCAACAACCUGAAGGAUUCAGGAUUAAAGCAGCUGUGUGGUUUUCUGGAGAGUCCAGACUGUAGACUGGAGACUCUGAGCAGCCUCAGCAGGGAAGUCCAGAAGGCUCUCUGGCCUCCAGAGGAGUCCUCAGGUUCACCCAGGCCAGACUGGAGAUAUAAUCCUCCCAUUGUGUCCUGGGCGACUCCGAGGCCUCCCUCCGGUAGGACAUGCCUGAAACAUCUCUAAUGAGAGGCAUCUGGGAUGCAUCCUCACCAGAUGCCCAAACCACCCCAACUGACUCCUCUCAACAUGAAGGAGCAGUAGCUCCUUCCGAGUGUCCUACCUCCUAACCCUGUCUCUAAGGCUGAACCCAGCUACCCUGUGAAGGAAAGUCAAUUCAGCCGCUUGUAUCCGCAAUCUUGUUCUUUUGGUCAUUACCCAGAGUUCAUGACCAUAGGUGAGGGUUGAAACGUAGACUGACCAGUCAAUUCAGAGCCUUGCCUUUUGUCUUUGGCUCUCUCUUCACCAUGACAAACCGGUUUAGCGCCGCAUCACUGCAGAUGCUGCACCGUUCCAUCUGUCGAUCUCCCGCUCUAUCCUACCCUCACUCGUGAACAAGAUCCCAAGAUACUUUAACUGCUCCACUUGAGGCAAGACCUCCUCCCUGGGCUCCAGUACGGGGCAUAAUCUGGUUCUUGGCAAUUAUAAUAAUUAAAGGAAAUAAUCGUUAAUCAGUUACUACAAAUAGUAAACUUCAGGGAACCAAACAAAUACAGUCUCAAAAAGGUUUUGAAGUGUGAGUUUGAGCUCUAGCUGUCAUGAAUCCAACAAAUAUUACUGUGUAUAAUUACAACAAACAACACAAUGCCAGAUUAAAUUAUAACAGGAUUUUUACAAGCAACAGUUAUCCAAUAUACAAUAUACAAUUAUACAAUAACAUUACAUACAAUAAUAAUUUAAUUAUUAAUGCUAAAAAUGAAGUUACUACAACUGGCAAUAAUAGGAAUGACAUAAGUGAUGUGUGUCUGUGCAUGUGUGUGUAUGUAUGUGUAUGAAAAGGGGAUGGAGACAGAGAGAGAAUGGUGAUGUCACGGGAGUGACGUGAGCAAGAUGGCAACCGAGUCACGUGGCCAAGACGACGAUGACGUGAUGUGGACUGCGUUGCUUCUGCUGAGCCAAGAUGGCGUCUCGUUAAGAGCCAAAUCUACGGCAGAUGCAGAGUCGUGCGUGUGGAGGAUGCACAUGAGUGUGAAAGAGGUGGGGAGAGAGAGAGAAAGAGAGAGAUUUUUAAAGGUGAGAAUGUCUCUAGACACACAUCUAGCACCACCUCUGGAUAAAAUCAGCCAUGUCACUCACUACCUUAAAAAACCUAAAAUCAAUCCACACUCUGGUUUUCACUGAUGAAAUAAAAAUAGGAACUGCCUUCUGUCCCACUCUGUCCACUGUGUUUCUCCUACUACAGUAAAUGAACAUUUAAGCAACUCUGAGUAAAAACUUUAAAAGGUCCCACUUAGGGGCUUUGGCCUUUUUACCACUAACCAAGGUGACGUUACCAUGUCACAUUAAAACAAUUAAAAACUAUUUCUAAAAUAUAAAAAAUGUCCUGAGUCUGUUGCAGUCAUAAAAGCAGUGAAAGGCAGUCUCUGUUUGCCCACAAAAAGGACAGUUGCUGGAUACUGUCGGGUUUAUAGUGGAGAUAAAAGCGUUAACUGCAACAGCUCCGCAUAGAAUCCUCCAAUGUAAAUCUGCAGAUCUUUUGUUAAUUGGUGGUUUAUAAAGGCAGUAGUAGCUCAGGAGGUAGAGCGGUCAUCCAAUAACUGAAAGGUUAUUGGCGGUUCAAUUCCGCCCUAUCCCUAGUCUGUCUGUUGUGUCCUUGGGCAAGACCCUUAACCCACCUCCUCCCAGGGGUGUGCUCACUGGUGUAUGAUUGCAAGUGAGUGAUGUUUGGUGGUGGUCGGAGGCUGUAUGCGCAAACUGGCAUCCACGUAUCCGUCAGCCUGCCCCAGGGCAGCUGUGACUACUGGGGUAGUUUACCACCACCAGGGUGUGACUGUGUGAGCGAAUGAAUAAUGCAUACAGUUGUCUGUAAAGGUUCUCAGUCAUCCAGGUCAUGAUGAUCCAAAAGUCAUUGAAUAAAGGCAACUGGACUUCACCUGUACUGCCACCAGAAACUUGCUAGACCAAAAACUGGGGUCACUAUUUCCAUAAUGGCUGGUACUUACCUAUCGUUGAAAGGGAAGAACUGUGUGCCUGGGGUCCUUACCCUAUGAAUGGAGCUCUAACGAGGCUAUUGUUGGUGAGAGCCUCCAGUCUCCCACUCUCUGAUGGGUGUACCCACAGAGUUUUUCCUAUUUAAACCUCAACUUCCCACUAGUCUAUCAGAAAUGAAGAAGCUACUCAGAAGAGUGGCGAAACGUCUUCAAGAAAUUCUACAAGUCCAGUUGCCUUUAUUUAACACCUUUUGAAAUGCGUACAAUUGCAAGUGCUUUGAGCAUCUAUAAAUGGAAAAGGGGCAAUAUAAAACCAAUGCAUCAUUAUUUUUAUUAUUAUCAUUAAAAAAUCUUCCACUCCGGCCUCACUCCUCUGCUGCAGCUCAGACCUCCACAGUGUCCUCUCGACUGACCAGUUUGCCUCUGUUUAAGGCUUUCACCAAGGAAUUAUACACCACUUUUCCUUUUGGCAGCACAUAAAUCCACCGCAUCUGAGGUUGAAGAGUCGUUCAUAUUAGUUGUGAAGACCAGCUCAGGAAAGGGGUCAUCCUCAUCUGGAGUUUCCGGCCCAUCUUUAUACUCCUGUAGCAUCUCUAGUUCCUCCUCUGUCAGCCUCUUUAUCCACAGUCUCAAGAAGUUCCUGGUCUGUCGAACCAACUUCUGCCUCAGAUGUAGAGCCACCGCUGAUGCGUCUCCCAGACCAUGUACAGCUACAUCUACCAAUACCCACAGCGUGAAGAGUCCACAGGAGCUCAGCAUCUUGGAGAGACCUGGUGUUGAGUUGUCCUCUAUGUCCAGUCUGGCUUCUUUGAUGAGAGGCUCCUCUAAGAGCCAGUGAAGAGAGCUGGUUGGGUCAAGUCUCUUCCUCGAUAAAACCAAGGUAUCUAGUCCCAGUCCUUCUGUCCUUCUUAAAAUACAUCUUGCCACGUCCCUCCACAUCAGAUCUUUUGGACCUAAAAGGUGUGUCUGUAAAAACUGCAGUCUGAAUGUUGAUAAUCUACUCAGGAUAUGUACCAGGCCAUGUCCCCCCUUGCAUUUAGCACAGUUUGUAGCUUUGCUGUUAGACCUUUAGGAGUUCUAAACAGGCUAACGUGUGCCGAUGCUGAUUAAUAACCAACAUUCGCUCUAUAAGAAAGUUUGAGCUUCAACCAAUUCCAUUUAUUUAAUUUGGCUUUUAUCUUUUCUAUUACACCUUCCCAAUUUUGCUGUACAGUGUUAUCGUCCCCCAGAUAUACUUCAAGACAUUUAAAACUGUCUUUUUUCCACUUAAUUCUUCCUGGUAGUCUGGGUAACCCCCGCUUCCUGUUCCUUAAUGCCAGUGCUUCACUUUUCUCCCAAUUAACUUUUGAAGCAGAUAUCACACCAAAAUCUUGAAUUAUGCUUUCCAGUUUACUGACCUCUUCCUGGUUCUGAAUAAAAAUAAUAAGAUCAAUAAUAAGAUCAUCAGCCUAAGCAGAUGUCUCACACUAAAACCUUGUAAAAACACCACUUCCAUUGUGGCUCUUAUUUUACACAGCAAAGGCUUGAUAGACAAUGUAUACAGCAUUCCCGACAGAAAGCAGCACUGUCUCUACCCCCUACCCACUCUGAAGGGGACACUUAAGUCUCCAUUAAUCUUCAGUACACUUUCUAUGUCUUGGUGCAACACUUUGAUUGUGGCGACCAGAACUGAGGCCCAACCUCUCCAAGAUCUUCCAGAGGUAAGAUGGUGCUCAACCCAGUCAAAGGCCUUUACCAGGUCCAACAAAAUAAGACCAGUGUUAAUGCCCAAAGACCCAGAGAUGUCCAAAAGACCCUGAAUUAGAGAAACAUUACCUAUCAUAGACCUACCAGGCACACAGUACGUCUGAUCACUCUGGACUAAGAUAAGAUCCAUCACCUCUUUCAGUCUAUUGGCCAGUGCUUUGGACAGAAAUGUAUAAUCUGAACAAAGGAGAAAGAUGGGACACCAGUUCUUUAUCUCUUGACAUAACAGUGUACUGUUGACAGAGCUGCUUUAUUUCUAUUUUUCCGUAAUCCCACCUCUGCCUCAUAGAUUUAAAGUCUGAUUUCCUCUGCUUAAAACAUCUCCAAAAAAAUCUAAAAACAUCUUUAAAAUGGAAGUCAUCUAAAAAAACAGUGUUACAAUGCCAGUAAGCGGUCUUGGACUUCAAGUUAGAAAUUAAAACAUUACUAAUGACUACAAAUUAUCAGUAAAACCACCCGGCAGCAUUCUGCAGUCUUUAAAAACAUAAAAAUUAUGUUUGAAACAAGAAAACUGAUCCAACCUAGCUAAAGAAAUAACAUCAUCUCUAGAGUGGGCCCAGGUAUAUUGUCUUCUGUCUCCAUUCAUUUUUCUCUACACAUCCACCACAUCAUGCGAUUUCAGUGCAUGCUUUAAAAACAAGCUGUGAUGCAGUGUGUGGUUCUAGGUGGUUUCUGUCUAACAGAUGAUUCUCUGUACAGUUAAAAUCUCCUUCCCCCUUAGAAAAUAGAAUGGCCACCCCCCUACUGGUGGAGGUCUUAUGGCUCUGUACCACCUCCCCCUCCCAUUCCCUGUUCCAGUCGGACUCGUUGGAAACAUCACUGUGAGUCUCGUGAACAAACAUAACAUCAGACCUUUUAAAUUCCAUCAGUUCAUAUAAAGUAGACCUUUUCUCUGUUUCUCUUGGCCCGUUUAUGCUUAAAGUGCUCAGUGUAAUGUGAGUCAUAGUGGAAAAAAAUUAAAAGUAGACAGAAAACUUCCAAUCUACUUACUUUAAAAGAAGCACUACAGCUGAUAAUUACAAUAUCACUACACAAUAGCCGAGCCAGUGAACCGGAGUUUGACUCGUCGGGUUUUGGCCCUUGAUCCAGUGAUAUUGUCUAAUUAGCUGAUCACAGUGGACGGCUGACAACAAAAAUGAGCAGCACUUACAACUUUCACAAAUGAAAAAUAAACUACCAGACACGUAUUUGGUUCAGUUUGUUAAGAGAUCAGGUAGUUCCUUGUCAUUCUGUGGUUUGGCUCAGCUCUUUGCAGCUUGAACAUGACGGGCCUGUACCAGCUGGUGUACGGUGGAUGCUCCUCAGCGAGGACGUGGGAAAAUGCAGUUUACCCGGGAGAACCCUAACAUGCAGGCAGAGAUUCAGCCCAGAGCAACACCAGCAAAGAAUUUACCAGAAGACGUUUCAUCCGAGUAGCAUCUUCAGUUCUGAGAGACUAGUGGGAAGUUGAGGUUUAAAUAUAAAACUCUGUGGGUAAAACCAUCAGAAACUUGCAAGACCAGAAACUGGUGCCACUAUUUCCAUAAUGGCUGGUACUUACCUGUGCUUGAAUGGGGGGAACCCUAUGAAUAUAGCUCUUAUGAAGCUAUUGUCAGUGGGAGCCUCCAGUCUCCAGGCGAAAAUGGUGUUGAAACUUCUUUGGGACAGAAGUGAAGACUGAAUUGUAAUUAGAUGGCAGAUCAAAUCUCAGUCCACCUCCUCUGUUUAGAGAAGGUUUUUCCACUUUGGCAUAGAUGGCUUCCUUUACUCCUCUCUCAAACCACCUGUCCUCUCUG